CCUCUUGCGCACCAGCGGGCGGGCUGUGACGCUACUCCCCGGGUCAGAAUGUCAUACCCAGGCUAUCCCCCCACAGGCUACCCGCCUUUCCCUGGAUAUCCUCCUGCAGGUCAGGAGUCUUUUCCCCCUCCUGGUCAGUAUCCCUAUCCCAGUGGCUUCCCUCCAAUGGGAGGAAGUGCUUACCCACCAGCUCCAAGUGGAGGCUACCCAGGAGCUGGAGGCUACCCUGUACCAGGAGGCUAUCCAGCCCCCGGAGGCUAUCCUGGUGCCCCACAACCAGGGGGAGCUCCAUCCUAUCCUGGAGGACAAGGAUUUGGAGCCCCACCAGCUGGAGCAGGCUUUUCUGGCUAUCCACAACCACCUUCACAGUCUUAUAGUGGAGGUCCAACUCAGGUCCCACUACCUGGUGGCUUUCCUGGAGGACAUAUGCCUUCUCAGUUUCCUGGAGGACAAGUUCCUUAUCCUAGUCAGCCUGCUGCGAUGACUCAGGGCACUCAAGGUACAAUCCGACCAGCUGCCAACUUCGAUCCUAUGAGAGAUGCAGAAAUUCUCCGUAAAGCGAUGAAAGGAUUUGGGACUGAUGAACAAGCAAUUGUGGAUGUUGUGGCCAAUCGUUCCAAUGAUCAGAGGCAAAAAAUUAAAGCAGCUUUUAAAACCAUGUAUGGCAAGGAUUUAAUCAAAGAUCUCAAGUCUGAAUUGAGUGGCAAUAUGGAAGAACUGAUCCUUGCCUUGUUCAUGCCUCCCACAUAUUAUGAUGCCUGGAGUUUACGGAAUGCAAUGCAGGGAGCAGGAACUCAGGAGCGUGUAUUGAUUGAGAUUUUGUGUACAAGAACAAAUCAAGAAAUACGAGAAAUUGUCAGAUGUUAUCAAUCAGAAUUUGGCAGAGACCUUGAAAAGGACAUUAGGUCAGAUACAUCAGGGCAUUUUGAACGUUUACUUGUAUCCAUGUGCCAGGGAAAUCGUGAUGAGAGUCAAAGUAUAAACCACCAAAUGGCUCAGGAGGAUGCUCAGCGUCUCUAUCAAGCUGGUGAGGGGAGACUAGGAACAGAUGAAUCCUGCUUUAACAUGAUACUUGCCACAAGAAGCUUUCCUCAGCUGAGAGCUACUAUGGAGGCUUAUUCCACGAUGGCUAAUCGAGAUUUGUUAAGCAGCGUGGGUCGUGAAUUUUCUGGAUAUGUUGAAAGUGGUUUGAAGACCAUCUUGCAGUGUGCCCUGAGUCGCCCUGCCUUCUUUGCUGAACGUCUGUACUAUUCUAUGAAAGGUGCUGGCACAGAUGACUCUACCCUGGUCAGGAUUGUGGUCACUCGCAGUGAGAUUGACCUCGUACAAAUAAAACAGAUGUUCACUCAGAUGUAUCAGAAGACCCUCGCCACAAUGAUUGCAAGUGAUACAAGUGGAGAUUACCAGAAGCUACUUCUGGCUAUUGUGGGCCAGUAGGAGAGAUUUGUUUUUCCCCAUAACGAAUGAAGCUAUUCAUGGCUUACCAAGACUGCUUGACUGCAUGCAGCAAUAUCAACUAUCACUUAACUAAAACAGCUUCUUACUGAGGACUGUGUCAAGGGAAUGUGCAUGGGUUGCACAUGUUAUUGCCUUAAUUCUAAUUUUCCCUCUAUGUACAAUCAAUGUAAAAGCCAUAUUAUAAUGAUGUAGUAAUUUUGAACUGUUUAUAAAGCUUCAUUCUCACUGCAUUUAUUUCUAAUCAAGAUUUCAAAUGGAAUAAAAAUCAUUCUAAUCUCUC